AUGCAGAACCGAGACUCAGUCAUGGCCCACAGUGGCACCCUCGAGACUCUCCAGAGCCACCAUGGCCCGUCACGAAGAACCCGCCCUCCGAAUCUCGACCUCAUGGCUGCCGAGGAGCACCGCGUACCAUUGCGCCCGGACAAAGUCAAUAGGCGGGAGUCGAGAUUGGGGCUGAGGAACAUCUUUAGCCGAACCAAAGCACCCAGGGAGCCGGGGCUACCUCUUUCGCCCCUCGACAUUCCCAAAUCUUUGGCGAGUCGCACAUCCGUUGCCGAUAUGAACAACUGGACAUUUGGUCAAUCAGCAACCUCAUCUGACCACACACCAACCACACCCCGUAGCCCAAGAAUCUUAUCCACCAUGUUCGAAAAUUCACCGUCAGGCCCGCCCCCUGUCAAAGUCAUAGGGCCCGCGAAGCCAGCCCGAGGACCGCUUGCAAUCUGGAGUCCUCCACCCCUGUUUAAGGCGUUCCCCCAGGCCAUCAAACACAUGACGCUACCCGCAGCAUCUCUACCUACUGAGGUCAUUCUUCGCAUACACGAGCGGAGAGCCAAUGUGGUUGUCGAGAACCCCAUUGAACAGACCGAGCAACAGACCGAGAAGCUCAAGUCUAAGAAGAGGCAUCGCCGUAACACCUCGGGCUCAAUGCCCAAGUUCGAGUGGACCAACAAGAUUUAUGUUCUCGCCACUUCUGGAUAUCUACUCCAGUACGGCGCGGAUGGACCUUUUGACCGACUACCCGAAAAAGUUCUUCACCUAGGAAAGAACUCGGCGGCCUUUGCGAGCGACGUCAUUCCCGGCCGCCACUGGGUGAUCCAAGUCUCGUCUCUCAUGGAAUCUGACGGCACUGCAACACCAGAUUCCCGAUCUCUUUUUUCCCGCAUGACUUUCCGAGCUGCUGAGAGACGCCAAGCGGCUAACUUUCUCAUGGUCUUCGAUACUGCGGAAGACAUGGAAAGCUGGCUGGCUGCUUUGCGCCACGAGAUAGAGAUCCUGGGGGGCAAGAAGACACUGACUGAGACGGGUAAGCCUAAGGCCGAAGACGAAGCGAUGCAACUGAGAGAGCAACCUAGUCAACGAACACUCGUUGUUAGAGAUCCGGAACGCCUCUCCCGAAUCCUUCCCCACAACUUUGGGUGGCAGGACGCUAUGGAUAAUGAUGGCUCAGCAACUACCGUCACGGACCAUAACACAGUCAUCGACCAAUCUUUGGAUGACAUUUCUACUACCAACAGCUUCGUGUCUCACGACGGCAGACAACUGGAUAACCUGCGAGAUAGCUCAAACCGUCUCUCUUUCAUUUCAUCCGGCCAGCGAACGAUUGUGACAUCGGCAGGGUCCUCAUCCCCCGAGCCGUCACCAACCGUUGAGACCUUCCCUACACACUUUGACGAGAAACCUCAUCACGACACGAGCCAUCAAAUCGAGGCUAGGCCGAGACCGAAUGCUGCCGCAAUUUUGGACCGACGACAAUCGAUGCAGGUUAUGACACCCUUUGUUGACCUCAGAGGCGGGCCAGUCAACCUUCGGCCCAUGUCCAAUUAUGCCACCGGGCCUAUGCCUGAACCGAUGCCAUCUCACUCGAGGGCAGUGGUAACGCCGAACUUCAGUGUACCUAAAUCGUCCAACCGAAGGUUUUCUUACAUGAGAAGCCAGGAGUUGGGCAUGACCACCCAGCCUGUGAUCCGAGAGACCGAAAGCCUCCCACGCCUUACAGCUCGAAAGUCGCCGCCAACAACACUUGCCGUCGCCCGGCCUCUCUCUAUGGUAGCUGACCAGCCCUCGCCAAUGGAAACUGUGCAUGUGCGACCUGCGACCCGCCAUGGAGAAGAGACUCAACCUCCAAGGACAAGUGAGGAGCAACCUAGGCCUCUGACCUACGCUCCUAUUACCUAUGACCUGCCCUCACGGCGAUCGAGCCUGAUGCCUCUCGACGAGACACGUGUGGAAAUCAACCGCCCAGUCGGAUCUCGCAGGCUUUCGACUAUGCGUCCCUGGCAGAAACAUGACCACUCUACGAACAUAAGCCACACCUUUACGGCGCCGAUGGGACCUGUGCCGACCCAACGAGCUCGUUCUCGGCCGUCUCUACCGGGGCUGGAAGAGAUGCAGCCUCGAUGCCGCUCUUCUCUGGACCUUCAUGCCAGUCCACACAGCGAGACUUCGUCUGUUAGAACGCGGUCCAGGAAGCGAGCGAGCAUGCAGUCGGUGGUCUCGGAACAUUCGUCCCGGUUCAGCAUAUCUGGCGACCUGCCCGUGCCUCUUGUACCUGAAUCCCUUCCUGAGCCGCCCCCUCCGCCGUCAGCGCCUCUUCCCCCGAUUCCCACGUCUACCAGCAACCCGCAACUCAGGGCGGACGCGAUUGGGAAGGCUUCAUUGGCUGGCCGCCGGAGCAUGCCUCAGCUGAACGAUGGCCCGCCGCCAGCGCCACCACCAACCUGCGCGUUGCCGCCGAUUCCCCAGAGGAUAUCAGCCAUGAUUUAA